UGUUUUAUCUUUAAGGUAUAAAAUGAAUGCUUCUCUUAAUACCGACUCUCAGUUUUUGAUAAAGUUGCAAACAAUAUGGUAGGCCUUAGAAAGAGGAGUUCUUUUUGUUUCUUAUAUUUGUUGUUUCUUAUUAAAGCAGCUCAGCUUGAGGAUGUAUCUGCAUCUAAAUCAUUCUACACAGCUGGAGUCGUUGAAUUUGCUCCAGCCAAAUACCAAGGAUCAUUCCUAGACCAACUCAACGACAAUCUCGAUGACUACAUACAAAUUAUAAACUCACAUGAAGCUUCAAGCACCGAUAUUAUUGUUUUUCCCGAACUGACCCUAAAUAAUCCACAGUACUUGACAUUCCUUCCAGAACCGAAAGAUAAAAUAAUUCCAUGUGAUAGUAGCAGUAAUGAUUAUGAAGCAUUUUUCAAAAAACUGUCAUGUGCUGUCAAAAAUGUCAGAAAAUAUGUUGUAGUCAAUGUAUUGGAGAAAGAAGUUUGCACGCGUACAUCUCAGAUGGAGAAAAAUGACCCCAGACCAUGUGCUCCAAAUGGUUUGAAUAGUUUCAACACAAAUGUCGUAUUUAAUCGUGAUGGAAUGGUGAUAGGUCGUUAUAGAAAAUACAAUUCAUAUGAUUUGAUGACAAAUGUCACUUUGAUGCCCGAACUGUCAACUUUUGAAACAGAUUUUGGUGUCAAAUUUGGGAUGUUCAUUUGUUUUGAUAUUAAUUUCUAUUCACCAGCCAUGGAAUUGGUGGACCUAGGAGUGAAGGAUUUUGUGUUUAGUUCUUUUUGGUAUUCGGAACUACCAUUUUUGACAGGUGUACAGCUUCAUCAGUCUUGGGCUUACGCUAAUAAUGUGAACUUACUAGCUGCAGGGGCAAGUUCUCCUACCGGAGGGACCACUGGUUCUGGCAUCUACUCUGGACGACAAGGGGCUCUGGUAUCAGUGAUGGCAAAUAGUCCUGAACGAAAAUUGUACAUUGCGAACGUGACCAAAAGUUCCCAAUCGAAAUCUGUCCAAGUCUCCCAAACUAAUAGAAAACUCAUUGUUAGUAAGCAUACCACAGGAAUCCGACUCAUGCGUGAAUAUCGCAUGGAUGAUUUUACCUCAGAACUUAUAGAAAUUAACAAUGAUGGUUUGACAGUUGUUGAGAAACUCUUAUGCCACGGAUCAUUUUGCUGUCAAUUUAAUUUGGAACUAACCAAAAUUUCCCCGACAAUUUCUAGCAAUUCUUAUAAAUAUCAUUUGGCUGUAUUUGAUGGAGAUCGCAAUUAUUCUGGUUUUGGUUAUACAAAAUACAAGUUCUGUGCAGUUUAUGCUUGUACUGGAAAAACUCAAGACUCUUGUGGGAGAAUUUUUGAUGGAGAUACUGAAAUUCAUCCAGAAAUAGUUUUUCAGAAAAUAUUAAUUGAAGGUGACUUUCCAAAAGCUGACAAAGUUUUGAUAAUGCCAAAUAGCUUGGACCAAAGUCUGAUGCCUCUCUCGACUGACCGUUUUGAAUUUGACAUCGAAGAUGACAAACAAAUGCAUCAUGUAAAAUAUUCAUUCUCCACUGCAUCAGAUGAUCUACUUACUUUUGGAAUAUAUGCGAACUAUUACAAUGGUGGAAUGGCACUAUUUAGAACAACAUCAAGUUUACUUAUUUUAAUGGGUUUAAGUAUGUUUGCUCUUCAAAACUUAUCACCACAAAGUUAAAAGGUCUUAAAAUCAAAAAUAUUAUAAGAAAGGAAAU